AUGAUGGAUCUCAACUACGCAGCAACAACCACAAUGUCCCAACCUCGCCAAUACCCAAUCCUCCCCGGCGAAGCAACCCUCGCCAAACUCCCCGCCGAAUAUCCAACCGACACCCAAGACCAAAUCACCCAAAUCCUUUCAACAACCCCAAUAAACCGCCUAGUAGUCCUGGACGACGACCCAACAGGAACCCAAACCUGCCACGACAUCUCAGUCCUAACAGUCUGGGACAUCGAAACCCUAACAAUAGAAUUCCAAAGCCCGAAACCAGGUUUCUUCAUCUUGACAAACUCGCGCGCCCUCCCACCAAAAGAAGCAGAAACCCUCAUCCGCACAAUUUGCACAAACGUAUCCCAAGUCGCCAAAGAAACAAGCCAAAAAGUCGAUAUCGUCCUGCGCGGCGAUAGUACCCUCCGCGGCCAUUUCCCGCUUGAAACGGACGUCGCGCAGUCGGUCUUUGGGCCUGCUGAUGCGUUGGUUCUUGCGCCCUUCUUCUAUCAGGGUGGGAGGCACACCGUUGAUGAUGUGCAUUAUGUUGCUGAGGGUGGUAAUCUUGUUCCAGCUGGUGUGACGCAGUUUGCGAAGGAUGCGACAUUUGGAUAUAAGAGUUCCAAUCUACGGGAUUAUGUGCUGGAGAAGGCUGCUGGGAGAUUUGCGCCUGGGCAGUUGUGUUCGGUUACUAUUCAGGAUAUUCGAAUCGGCGGACCGAACGCUGUUUGUGAAAAAUUGCUUGUUGCACCUAGUGGUGGUGUGGUUAUUGUCAAUGCUGCUGCUGAGUCUGAUAUGCACGUCUUUGUGGCAGGAUUGUUGCUUGCCGAGUCAAAGGGCAAACACUUCCUUUACCGCACAGGUGCAGCAUUCGUCUCGACAAGACUAGGAAUCCGCUCGCAAGCACCUAUCACUGCAGCACAGCUAAACCUACCAUCCCCUCGACAAACUGGAGGCUUGAUCAUUGCUGGAUCAUACGUCCCAAAAACGACAGCCCAAUUAAAGAUAUUGACAGACCGCCGUGGCCCAACCGGCGAGCUAGCAAUCAUCGAGAUGAAAGUGGAGGAGUUGAUUGCAUCGCCUGAGACUGCGUCACAGACUGUCCAGCGCGUUAUUCAGGAAACGGAGUCCUAUCUAUGUGCUGGGAAAGAUACACUCGUUAUGACGAGUCGGAAGCUUAUCACUGGUGGUGAUGAAUUGUCGUCAUUGAAGAUUGGGUCUGUGGUUGCUGAGGCGCUUGUUAGCGUUUUGCAGGGGAUUGAGGUGCAGCCGAGGUUUAUUAUUGCUAAGGGUGGUAUCACUUCUUCCGAUGCGGCGACUAAGGGGUUGAAUAUCAAGCGUGCUACUAUCGUUGGUCAGGCGGCACCUGGUGUACCGCUGUGGCGGUGCGAUGAGGAAACCAGUCGUCAUCGGAGUGUGCCGUAUGUUGUCUUCCCCGGCAAUGUUGGCGGGGAGGAGACACUGUGUGAGUUGGUGGCAGGAUGGAGCUAA